AUGGAAAAAUCAAAGAAUUUCAGGAUCGACGCCCUUCUGGCUGAAGAACCACACAGAGGGACCCGAGAAGUUUCACCUGGACUGAGCAGCGACAGCCCGACGGGUAGCCCGGUGUCCUGCAGGCGCGCCGACACUCCGUCCCCGCGCGGGACGCCCGGUGCCAUACACCUCCAAACCGGAAUCAUACCUAAACCAGGGCUGCUCAAUCUCCCACACCCGGGACUCACUUCACUUCCAGGCAUGUACACGACGCCCAUGUAUCCCAUUUCAGCGUUGGGAGGUCAGCACCCUGCCCUGGCGUACUCGGGUUUUACGCAGCUGACACAGCCGUACCCGGAGCAGUUGAAGGCGGCGGCGAUGGCUGGAUCUUUACCGCUGGAGCACUGGAUACGAGCUGGCAUCAUGGUACCACGACUGCCCGAUUACACCUGUGAGUGGGGUAGCAUUCAGAUGAGUGGCCGCCCCCAGUCCGGUUUGAUGGGUAAAUGUCGCAGGCCACGGACAGCAUUCACCAGUCAACAACUACUGGAGCUGGAAAACCAGUUUAAACUUAACAAGUACCUUUCAAGACCUAAACGCUUUGAAGUGGCCACAGCGCUCAUGCUGACUGAGACACAGGUCAAGAUCUGGUUCCAGAACCGCAGAAUGAAGUGGAAACGCAGUCGUAAGGCUAAAGAACAGGCUGCACAGAACGAGGUCGAACGUCAACGCGGAGGAACCAAAUCGACUAAUGAGAGACCAGGAAGGGACGGCCGCAGGGCCAUCACUCAGAGCGUGGAGGAGCAUGAGGAGGAGGAUGAUCUUGAGGAGGAUGAUGAGGAAGAUGAGGAGGAAGGGCAACAUAAAUUCAUAAAAGACAACCUUAACGUAUCACGUUCCACAGACUUUCUGCACCACACGUCUGCAUUAAGAUACCGCCCCGACAGCCCGUUCUCUGAGGACGACAUGGAGGAGGUGGGAGGAGGAAGCGAUAGGAAGAUUGGGGCAGGGUUAUGAAAAGAUGAAAAGAUAUGGAAACUGAAACUGCAUAACCUCACAGCAGGUCUGGCUGUAACAACUGUAAGAUUAAGGAACGGAGACUAUUAAAGCCCAAAUAUUUAGCCACCAAAAGACAAACGAAAAGCCACCCACCAGAAUGCAUUACACUGAUACGCACAUGAUGGUGUUGGUAAGUACAGGUGUCAAUGAA